AUGGGUGUCAAGGGCACGAGUAUUGGUGCUGUUUUCUUUGUUAUUGCAUCUGCUUUGCUGCUUCUUUCUCCUUCACCAUCCGCUGAUGCUAGUCCUCUCCUGAGUGCCUGCCGUUUUGAUCAAGUGUACCAACUUGGGGACUCCAUAUCAGACACUGGGAAUUUGAUCAGGGAAUCUCCACUUGGAGCCGCUUUACCUUUCGCCAGAAAUCCCUACGGUCAGACCUUCUCCCACCACAAAGCCACCGGCCGUUGCUCUGAUGGACUUCUCAUGAUUGACUACUUUGCCCAGGCGCUGGGUCUACCUCUUCUGAAUCCGAUCAAGGAUACAAAGGCAAAUUUUGAGCAUGGAGCAAAUUUUGCCGUAGCCGGUGCUACAGCACUAUCAUCAGCUGUUCUCGCUCAUCAUCAUGUUACAAAUCCAGUGACCAACAGUUCCCUUGACAUACAGCUUCAGUGGAUGAAAGAUCACUUUCACAAAUUUUGCCACAAUGAUUGUGAAAGGAAGCUUCAAAACGCUCUAUUUAUGGUCGGUGAAAUCGGAGGCAACGAUUAUAAUUAUGCAUUCCUUCAGUACUUGGAUGAGGCUAGAGAUACGCUUAAAAUUCUAGAGUUGGUACCUCUAGUUGUUGCCAAAAUUAAGCAUGCUGUUGAGAAAGUGAUUAGUUUUGGAGCAAGGACAAUAGUGGUUCCUGGGAACUUUCCAAUGGGAUGUCUGCCAAUUUAUCUAACAAAGUUUGGGCUAGAAAGCGAAGUAGACGAGUUCGACGAGAAUCAUUGCAUAUGGCUAUUGAACAGCUUUGCAACUUUCCACAAUGAUCACCUGAAGAAGGCGAUUGCCGAGCUGCAAGAGAAGUACCCAUAUGUAACAAUCGUCUAUGGAGACUACUACGCUGCAUAUGAACAGCUUUUCAAUCUAGGUGAAACUGAAGGUUUUGAGUUACAAAAAGCUUGUUGUGGAGUUGGAGGGCUGUACAACUUCAAUGAGACGCGAAUGUGUGGAUUUCCAGGUGUUAAGGCUUGCCGUGAUCCCGAAAGAUACGUCAGCUGGGAUGGGAUUCAUUUAACACAGGAGGCUUACCGCAUGAUAGUGGAUUGGUUGCAAGCUGAUCUUUUCUGGAAAUUGCGUUGCCAUCAUUGA